CGGAGCCUGCAAAGGCUUGUCUCCCUUCGCCGGUUGUUCAAAUUCCCACGCGCCUGCCGAGCAGCCAAAGCGAAAUUUCUUCGUGUAAUUUCGGCUUCCGCGGUGAAGUUCAAGCAAACCGUCUGGCGUGCCACCGUGGCUCAACUCAUACCGUUCGCGAAGGCCAUGACCUCAGGAGUCCAAAACCCCGCCAUUGUCCGCAUUACAAAACCUAUCCUAUCAGCACCUUUGUGCCGUUCAGCCGCUGAACGCUUUGCGCACACUACAUAAACUGAGGGAAGUCUCUUCCACCGUCCUCUUUCACAGUUUGAUUUUCAGAAUCCAGAAUACCCACAAGCACCAUGCCUGUAUCAACAACCCUCACCACCGGCCGUGAAGUCGCCGAGAAGGCUGCCCAGAAAUUGACCACCGCGGUCAACGGAAGCCAGACCCGUGAGUACCUCUCGGGUCACGACAACAUCUUCCUCUUUGUCGAGGACGAAAUCCGACCCAUGAACGUGUCGGGCUUGUAUACCUUUGGUCCGGAGAUAACGGAGCAGGACAUGAAAGGUCAUAUUGCCAGCUUUGUGGACAAUACGCUCAGGUGCAGGCAGAGACUCGUGCGUCCUGCCGGAGUGUUUGCCAGGCCCUACUGGGAGGUUGCUGAGGAUUACGACUUGGAAGAUCAUUUCACCGUUAUCGAAGUGGCCGCUCCAGGAGGUGAUGACGAAUUCAUGGAAGCAGUGGCUCCUUUGCACACAACCCUUUUGGACACCAGCAAGCCAUUAUGGCAUGCGUUCUGGUUCAACAAUUUGAAGGACGGAAAGAAGGCGCUUCUGUGGACAGCCCACCACGCUAUUGGCGAUGGACAAGGAUUCGUCCGCGCCCUGAUCUCUCACGUUGCGAGCCUCGACCCAACAAUCAAGGACAUCUCCUCCCUGCAAUACAGCGCAGGACACGCCAGCGGCCGGUCUACUCCGGAGCCCAGCCGGUCGUCCACCCCUUCGCCUGAUGGCAAGGCGGUCGCUGUCAACGGAUGCACGGCGCCCGCCAGGAAGCACAGCCCCGCUCACGGUGCCGUUGCUCACUUCACCGGCUUUUACGUCGCCCUCUUCACAUUCCUGGUCGGUCUGUACAUGUACCUCGCCAACAUCACCCGAUUCCUCAUCAGCCGACGUAAGCUAUACACUGUCGGCAACCACAAGACCAGUCGCAAGCAAGUUGCGUGGACUACCAUUAACUCCAGCCUUGACGACGUGAAGAAGAUUAAGAACGCUCUCGGUGUCUCUGUAAACGAUGUGCUGACUGCUUGUGUUGUCGCUGCUCUGGACGCGCACGCCAAGUCGGUCUUGUCGCCUGCUAAGCAUGACAAGGGCGACGACGCUAUUUGGUUGUUGAUCCCUACGUCCAUGCGUCACCCGGCUGACACGUCCGCUAGCAACAGGUCCUCCGGAUACGUGCUUGGAGUGCCCAACAAAGUCAAGGACAUUCGCGAGCGCAUCAAGAAGGUCAACUCCCUCAUGUCGAAGGGCAAACAGAGCCCGGAAGCUCUCGUGCACUACCUAGCCCAAGGCCCCGGCUACGCCUUCCCCAACUCCGUCCCUAAGCUCACCCUCUUCACCACCACAAAACUCCACGGCGUACUGACCAACGUUCCCGGCCCCAACACAACCCUCCGCUGGGCCGGCCACCCGAUCCAAUCCACCGUCGCCUUCAUCCCGCAAGCCAACGCCAACACCGUAUCCUGCGCCGCUUACACCUACAACGGCGCCGUUACCCUCUCCGUCGUCAUGGACCUGCACGAGGGCGAUGUGCUCAAGACCGAGGAGGGCCGUGUGUUUGCGAAGGGCGCUGCGAAGGACGUUGCGAGGCAGUUUGAGAAGAUCAUUCUGGCCCUGGUGGAGGAGGUUGACGCGGAGCAUGGCGUCAAGGUUCAGAAGACGCCGGUGGCUGCUAUCACGGCUACCGCUGAUGCGCCGUUGAUUGAAGUGCCUCGCAGCGUCGCGGACGAGUCCCCUGUGGCCGUCAUGUUGGAGAGCAAGAAGCUCGUCUGAUUGGACUCUUGCCUUCUGCUUUCUUGCUGUCAACAUCGUGGACACUUUGGAAUCUCUACUUCCGCUCUGAAUGCCACAUAGGCCGUGAACCCCCUUUCCAACGUUAGUCGAAGAAACCCCCUAGAAACGCAUACACCUAAUUUUAUUCCCAUCUCACUGUCGCUCAUUGAGCUAAUCCCGCCUUAAAUAGUAGUAGUAUAGGUAUCUCAUA